CGUGAUAGUGCUAGUUUUGGCCGUGGUUAGCCCUUUUUUGAGUAGCAAUUGGACUGGUUUUGUUACACAGACCUGGCAAUCUUGAUUGAAUGAACGUACGGGUAUUUUAGGUGAAACAGGUAUCGCUCAUCCAGAAAUGAAAGCAACUUACUUCCUCACGAACUUUCUUAUCACUUCUUUGAGCAUUAUGGUUGGUUUGUCAUUAUCUAAACUUGCCAGGCCAGCGAUACCGGCGAUAGCGCAUCACUUUGGGACAAAAGGCAGGUACGAGGAAGCGAACCCACAUCUAUUAGAUGACAUUUUGUUUGUAAACAAAUCACUGGUAGCUCCCCCCUCUCCAGACUGCCGUGCCAUUCAUAUGGUGUCGGUUAUCCGUCACGGGACGCGCUACCCAACCACCAAAAAUGUGAAGAAGAUCGCGCGAUUGUUUGAGCUGGUCGUGUCUCACGCGUCGGGUUCAGCCUCGUGGCUAAAUGACAUCAAGACAUGGAAGAUGUGGUACACUGAAGACAUGGACGGCAGACUGGUGGAGAAAGGGCGCGAUGACCACAGGCAUUUGGCUAUGAGACUGGCACAGUCUUUUCCCACUUUGAUUUCUGAGGAUCAUCUCCGUGCCAACCGCAUUGAGUUCAUCACCAGCUCCAAGCAUCGCUGUGUUGAUAGUGUCAAAGCUUUUCAAGAGGGUCUUCACGGACUCUGGGAUGUUCAGGGUAGGCUUAGUGUCCCUUACUUUAUAGAUGUUUUGUUGGUCUCUUAA